GUUAUGUGAUUGUUUAGUUGAACACCUUGUUUUACACCCUACACUUGAUCAUACAAUUGUUUCAUAAUAAACAUCAGCAAUACCGGCAAUUGAAUAGUUUCUUUGUCAAAUGAGUGUUAUUUGUACGGGCUUCAAAUAGUAAAUUUUCCGAAUAUCAAAAUAUACUUAACGUUGAGAUGCAUUGUCUAUAUUUUAUAACAGUUUUUUAGUAACUUAUUAAGUAACUUUUUAACUUACCAAGCCAAAAUCUAGACCUAGCCUACUAGACCUUUAUCGUUUUGACUUAAUAUUAACGAAGACUACCACAACAAUGUCAGUAUUGAUCAGGCUCUUUUUAAGAAAUAAUCAAAAGCUUGGGACAGUCAAUAAAAAAAUAUUUUACAAAAACUAUUCAGCAGUAUCAGAUGUUGCUGAGAAACUUGUGUUUGAAGGAGAGGAACCACAUAAAAUGGCAGCAUGGGAAAUUCAUUCGUAUGGAGGUCUAGAAGAACUUCAACUUUCAAGAUCAGUAAGAAUUCCCGCAUUAAUGAGCCCAAAUGAUGUUUUAGUCAAAGUAUCAGCAGCUUCAGUCAAUCCUAUUGAUGUAGCAAUGAUGGGCAGUUACGGGCAUGUACUUCUCAAUACAAUACGCCAGGUGGAGAAAUGCAGUGCCAAUGAGAUGGAGUUUCCACUCAUCCUCGGAAGGGACUUUGCUGGUGAAGUGGUGGCCAAAGGCAACAGUGUCAGUAGUGAGCUGAUGGUAGGAGACAGCGUGUUCGGAGUGUCUCCGCCCCACAAACCUGGCUGUCAUGCUCAGUAUGUCAUUGUGCACAAGGAUUGGGUCCAUCGCAAGCCAGAGAAGUUGAAGGACUCGGAGGCCAGUUGUCUGUUGUACGCCGGCCUCACUGCAUGGUCAGCUCUAAAGAUCACUGGCGAGUUGAUGGUCUUGUCGCCCCAGGGACGGUCCGUGUUGGUACUAGGAGCGUCAGGAGGAGUGGGGUCAUUGGCGGUGCAGAUGCUCAAUGCUUGGGGUGCACAGGUUGUAGCCACAUGCAGUACAGAUGCAGUUCCAUUAGUACAAUCUCUGGGAGCUCAACAUGUGAUUGACUACACAAAUCCAUCGGCUCUUGAUGCCAUCAAGGCAGCGGGCAAAUUUGAUGUUAUCCUCGAUGCUGCUGGGCUGCCAGAAGACGAAUUUCCAAAGUAUCUGCCAUUAUUGAAGGAAUGGAGGCUUGCAAAAUACAUCACCCUGAGAUCACCUCUCCUGCGUAACACAGACCAGCUGGGUCUGGUGGGAGGAAUGCUGCGUAACGCAGCUGAUCUGGUGGUUCCUAACCUAACCACUGGAGCACUGCUGCGGGGGACAUCACUGCGCUGGGGAUACUUUGCUCCGAUCAAUGCUGGCGUCCGAGAAAUAUCACGAUUGGCCGAAAGCGGACAGCUUAUGCCAAUAAUCGACACGACAAUGAACAUUUUAGAACUUCCUGCAGCCUAUGAUCGAGUCAGCAAAGGACACUUACGAGGAAAAGUUGUUGUUACUGUUUAAUAACUUUGAUACAUGUAUUGUACAAAGCUGAUGUGAAUAAUAUAAUAUUAGAAUCUGUCAGAUGUAGACAAUGUGAAUAGUUUAUCUUUUGAGUGCUUCUGUUUUAAGAAGGUUAUGUUAUAGUUCGUAAAAGAGUAUA